AUGCCUUAUCCUCGGAGGACUGCCCACAAUUCGUUGCGGCGCACACCCUCGCCGACACCUUUGCCACCUCGAGCUUUGACCGCGGCGCCGCUGUCAAUCUUCGACUUCCCUUUGCCAUCUGCGAACAAUGCAGACAAUGAGGGUGCAUCAUCAAUUGAUCAGAAUACCAUUAGCGACACUUCGCUGGAAAACUUCAGCGAUGUUUACAAUGUCAAUAUGAAGUGUUCGCGGAGGAGAUACAACAGUCUCAGAGACCAUUUGCUCAGGGUGUCAGACAACUACAACAAAGCAGACAGCCAGAGUGAAGCCCAGCGACCCCCUGCAAUAAUCUGCGUGCAGGAUCCACCACCUCACAUCGCCUAUCACAAGAUGCCUGGUUACCGUUGCGAAUAUCACAUUCGUGAACAUCUGAAGCCCGCCGAUUACCCACUUUUAUACAACCUCUCAGGCAAGCUGACACAUCUCGACAAGAAGAUGGCGAAAAGAAAGGCAAAGGUGGCGCAAUUCCAGCAGCUGACCCUAUCGACUAUAAAUCCAGGUGUGCGGACGGCCAACGAGCGUGCAGUGUCGCGACUAAGCGAAGAGAGUACAGCCCUCAGUUUCAAGAGGUUGGCUGAACUAAUGGGCUUACGACAAGUCGCAUUCUUCAUACGCAAUGAUAUACCCAAGAGGGAUACACGCGUAGUUCCUCACCACGGCUGCAACGAACCAUACGCCGCAACGCUUGAGGUCGAUACUCAGUCAGGUACACUUUGCAUACAUAACAUGUACAACCACGACCAAAGCAUAAACAUAGCGGAAUUGAAGGACAGAUGUAUGCAGUCGGACAACGAUAUUCUUGUGGGAGAUUCUAAUCUGCAUCACAAACUCUGGGGUGGAAGUACCGUUUCCACCGCAGCUUCAGCAAGCUCAUUGUCUUCUCAACUGGCCCUAGCCUUGCAGGAAACUCGAAUGCAGACCUGCAUGCUACCCGGUACCAUCACGUAUGCACCCGGACUCAGAACGGUUUCAGCACGCCAAACCUCGAUCGACAUCGUGUUUUCCAGCAUGCUUCUACGACCACGCAUCCAUGACUGCGGUCCCAUAGAGGUCAGGGGAUACGAGUCCGACCACGCUGUCAUCAGGAUGUCCAUGGACAUGGAGCCAAGUUCUGCUCCACCUAGAACGAAGAAGCUCUACGAGGAGAUCGACCAUGCCUUCAAACAAGACCUUGUCACGCAGAUCAAGAGUUUCGUUCGAUGCCCCGGCGACUCGAUCCUUGAGUAUGGCGCGCAUGUCGUUCGGUGUAUUGCUGGUGCGGACGAGCGCGUACCCACCAAGCGCACUAUCGAACGGACCAAGCCUCCGAUCCCCAAGCUCUUUGCGCAGAAGCUUGAGAUAGAGCGUAGAGCAUUGCUAGCGCUGGAAAGGAAACCAACCUCCGAGAACGUAACGCUUUUCGAGCAAGCUAAGGGAGAUCUUGAUAAAGACAUCGCCGCGGAAAACCGCAAAUCUUUUCGCAAAACAGUUGCUCGCACGUCAGAGAAACUACGGUGGCGCCACUAUACAUGGGCACGACGCGCACAGACAUGGGACAAGCCUCAACAAGCGCCCACUAUACCUGUGCUUCAAGUCGAUGGCAAAACCUUCACGACGAUUGAAGAGAAAGCCAGUCUGUACGCCCGUACCAUCUGGCCGGAAGUUCGCAACCACACAGAUGGCGACCCUAGCUCGCCGAUCUUACCAAAUUUCCACGAUCGCGAGCAGUUGUCAUGCAAUCAGUUCGUCACAGAGAAAGAGGUGCUCGAUACCAUACAGGACCUAUCCGACCGCAAAGCACCUGGUUCAGAUCAGAUCAGCAACGAACUAUUGAAAGCUUGCAGUAAGGAGCUCGCGCCAAUUCUAGCAGACCUCUUUACCGACAUGUUCAAACAAUGCGUCCACCUCAAGGACUUCAAGCACGCCAUCACAACACUGUUACUCAAGCCAGGGAAGCAUCCAGCUCUCCCGAAAAGUUAUCGGCCUGUUGCAUUGCUGUCCUGUCUAGGGAAGGUAUUUGAGAAGUUGAUCGCGAAUCGCUUUAGAUAUCUUGCUGAGACUCACAAUCUACUUCCAACUUUGCAGUUCGGAGCUCCUGGGCGUGAUACGACGAAAGCGUUGCAAGCAAUCAUCGGUCCAGUUUACACAGGCUGGUGUACGAAGCGAAAGACGACGAUAUUGAGCCUCGAUAUCACCGGCGCUUUCGAUCGCGUCAACCGAGCAAAGCUUCUUCAGAUUCUGGUUGAUAAAGGCAUUCCCAACUGGCUGGUUCGCCUUACUGCUUCCUUUCUCUCAGAACGAAGUACCACACUCAAUAUGCUUGGAACUUUGUCGGAGCCAUUCUGGGUCGACAUCGGCAUACCUCAGGGCAGCCCGCUUCCACCCAUCUUGUUCCUUUUCUCCGCUGGCGAUAUACACUCGCUUUUUGGAAAGCACGAUCACAUCGGAGCCGACGCCAAAGUUCACUGCUUCGCCUACGUCGACGAUACCUAA